GCAGUAAUAUGGCAAAUGGGGCGGCGGCCUCAAUUUUGACGCGACGCUAGCAGGCGCCCCCCUGUUCCUGGACCCUAGCGCCCUAGGCCGUGUGAUCCGUGUGGAAAGUAAACUUUAGCUGGGGGCUGCCUGGUUACAUGCUGCAUAGGAGAAAAAGGAUUUGGACCCUUUUUGACUUGAUUUGGAUCUCGUUGCCGAAUUUCCCCUAGACUUCCCCUACAAUGCCAUCUUACAUUCGAAUUAUUCACAAUUAGCACUCCCCUACUAAACUUCACCUUACGCCAUCACUACACUCCGUGGUGAAACAUCAAUGUCUCUCGCUUGAUCAUCCGACGAUUAAAUUCGAAGAUGGACCUUCACGAGGCUCAGGCGUACUUGCAGUCUUCGCUGCACGAGAUAUCUCACGCCUUUCAGAAAGUCCCCGGAAGUGCCGUCUUAAUACGAUACAUCCAGUCCAGCUAUCAGAAUGACCCAAUCCGAUCCGCUAUAGAACUUGUUCUUGUUAUAUUCUUCGUUCGAUACAUCCUCUCGCCGUCUUAUCCUACCCACGGUCCCAAUUACGUGAAGCUUCGCGAAGAUGAGAUCGAUGAGCUCGUUAAGGAGUGGGAGCCCGAACCGCUCGUCGCUCCGCAGACCCCUUUUGAGGAAGCCGAAUCCGAGAGACAGCCCAUGAUUGUCGGACCGACUGGUCCGAAGGUAAAGCUAUCUAACGGCAAGACCGUUGUAAAUUUAGCCUCCUACAACUUCUAUAAUCUAAACGCGAGUGAAUCGAUUAAGGAAAAAGCUAUCCAGACGCUGCGCACAUAUGGAGUUGGUCCCUGCGGUCCGCCGCAGUUCUACGGUACUCAGGACGUUCACAUGGCUACCGAGCAUGACAUCGCCGUCUUCCUUGGAACCCAGAACAGCAUUGUUUAUUCUCACGCUUUCUCAACUAUCUCGAGCGUUAUUCCAACUUUCUGCAAGCGAGGGGAUGUCAUUGUGGCCGAUAAGAUGGUCAACUACUCUAUUCGCAAAGGACUGGAAGCUUCCCGGAGCAUCAUUAAAUGGUACGAACAUAAUGACAUGGAAGACCUGGAGCAAGUUAUGAAGAAGGUGGUCGAGGAACAAGCAAAGAAGAAGAUUCUGACCAGGCGAUUCAUCGUGACGGAAGGUCUAUUUGAGAUGGUCGGAGAUUGCUCUAACCUUCCUAAGCUCGUGGAGCUGAAGGAAAAAUACAAGUUCCGCAUUGCUCUUGAUGAGACUUGGUCUUUCGGCGUGCUCGGCCACAACGGACGAGGGCUUACCGAGGCACAGAAUGUAGACUCGGAGGCCGUAGAUAUGAUUAUCGGGUCCUUGGCGGGUCCUCUCUGCGCAGCGGGCGGAUUCUGUGCCGGUUCGAAGGACGUUGUAAGACACCAACGUAUCAAUGCCGCAUCCUACACCUACUCUGCCGCUUUACCUGCUAUGGCGGCCGUCACAGCCAGCGAGACUCUGAAUGUUCUACAGUGCAACCCUGAUAUUCUGCUCCAAUGCCGGGAAAACAUCCGAGCCAUGAGGGCGCAACUCGACCCCCGAAGCGACUGGGUGCAAUGCACGAGCGACCCCGAAAACCCGGUCAUGUUACUCGUGUUUAAGCCCGAGGUGGUCUCGUCGAGACGGUUAAGCAACGAAGACCAGGAGCGACUGUUCCUCGACAUCGCGGACGAAGCGCUUGCCAACGGAGUGCUAGUCACACGGUUAAAGAGCGUGAUGUUGAAUGGGAGCAUCGGAACCAAUGACAUAAAUAUCAAGCCUGCGCUCAAGGUUUGUAUCACGUCGGGUUUGUCGAAGAAGGAGAUCGAGAAGGCCGGAGUGACGAUUCGGCACGCCAUCACAAAAAUAAUGACUCGGAAGCCAAGCCGGCAGUCGACCCUAGCUGCUUAGUAACCAUUCGGCUUCUCGUGAUCUCGCCUGCUACUCUACGUCGUCUUACGAAAUGGUACGAGAGGAAGAUGCUCGAUAUUGACGCAGAGGCCAAAUAUUAUGUUACGACCCGAGUAUGGCUCGACGAUAAUGCGGACGGGUGUUGGGACGAGCCGUAUGAGAUGGGUUUGGUCAUGAAUGUAUACAGGACGAGAAAAGGAGGCAAGCUGCGAUAGAUAUCAGAUUAUAGACUUGGAUACUAAUUGCUAAUUCUUACAAAUCACAUGCCAGCUUCCUAAUAAUAAGUUUGCCUUGUUGGAUACGAGGAAGGGUCAGGCUGUCCCGAAGUACCAG